CGCUGAGCCACCCGGCCCUCGGGUCCAGGCUCCCCCGCCAUGUCUCCCCGGGCCGGGCGGAACGGUUUGGCCGCAGCACCCGGAAGUGGCGGGCGGGAUAUAGCGGAAGCGGUGGGCGGGCCCAGGUCUCUUUGGUGCUGGCGGCCGGAGGAAGAUGACUAAGGGAACGUCAUCAUUCGGUAAGCGCCGCAAUAAGACCCACACUUUGUGCCGUCGCUGUGGAUCCAAGGCAUACCAUCUUCAGAAAUCCACCUGUGGGAAAUGUGGGUAUCCUGCUAAGCGCAAGAGAAAGUAUAACUGGAGUGCCAAGGCUAAAAGACGCAACACCACUGGUACUGGUCGUAUGAGGCACCUGAAAAAUGUCUACCGUCGAUUCAGGAAUGGAUUCCGUGAAGGAACAACACCUAAGCCCAAGAGAGCUGCCGUUGCAGCAUCCAGCUCAUCUUAAGGACUCAUCUGUUUGUUAAAAUAAAUGGUCUAAUCCAGAAAAAAA